UUCCUAUAGACAGCAACGGGAAAGGUACACUAUGAAGUUACAAAUAUUGUAUAUGUGCCUGUUGGCAUUUGCCAACAACGUUUGGUGCUACAACGAAGUUCACGUUAAAAAUGGUAACCACACCACCACAACCAGAGAAUCAAAUACGAGAAAACGGGGUGUCGGUCAUUACAACCCGAUGGGAUGGGGUGCCCACGGAGUUGGUUCGUAUGGAGUGCCCACCACGCCGGUGCAGGGAUACGGAGUAUCUACGACGCCGGUGCAAGGAUAUGGAGUGUCUACGAUGCCAGUGCAAGGAUAUGGAGUGUCUGCUAUACCGGUGCAAGGAUACGCGGUGGUGCAGCAAUCUGAAAGGCCAGUACCGUACCCAGUUCCGUAUCCGGUGACGUAUGACCGACCAGUUCCGUAUCCGGUGUCAUACGAUCGGCCGGUACCAUACCCUGUGCAGGUAGACCGGCCGUACCCAUAUCCAGUACAAGUGGACAGGCCGCUGCCGUACCCGGUGCAGGUGGAGAAACCACUACCUUACCCAGUACAUGUGGACCGUCCUGUUCCGUAUCCGGUGCAGGUAGAGAAACCAUUGCCGUAUCCUGUGGACCGGCCAGUUCCGUAUCCGGUGCAGGUAGACAGACCUCAGCCGUAUCCGGUGCACGUGGACCGGCCGGUGCCGUAUCCAGUGCACGUUCCCUACAAAGUGUCUGUACCGGUGGACCGGCCAUACCCGGUGAAAGUGCCUGUGCCAACGCCGUACCCGGUCGACAGGCCGGUUCCGUAUCCUGUGCAGGUGGCCGUCAAGGUUCCGGUGGUGCAGCAGGUACCGGUCGAGGUGUCCCGGCCUUAUCCUGUACUGGUGCAGCAGCCCGCAGCGGUGAUGGUGCAACAGCAACCCGUUCUCUGGCAGAAGGUUUCGGUGCCACAGCCAUACCCGGUAUACUCGACGAACCAGCCGCCAAUGCAGUGGCAGAAGCAGCCUUCUUAUUACUCAAACGUGGACAACAGCAAAAACUACAUCGGCAUGCCCGUAUACAAUGGAGGUAACCAGCUCGGUUACCAGCGUGGACAGUACCCAUCCGGCUAUAGUAUCGGCGUGAACCACGCUCUUAUCGGGCUUGGCGUGGGUGGUCGGGGCCUGGGUGGGACAGGUGGGACAGGCGGGACAGGCGGGACAGGCGGGACAGGUGGAAUAGGCACGACUGGCGUCAUCAGUGGAGCGGCAGGCAGCUUGUUGGGGGCGGCGUACAACGUGAUGCAGGGGUUAAUGUCGCCUGGUGGCAGCAUUACUGGUUACGCGACCGGACACAACGACUAUCUGGGUCCCAAGACCACAGGAUUCACGACCAGUAACAAUGCCGGGGCCACGCGCUGGAAAAGACCGAAGCGCUGCGGCAGAGGUCAACCCGGGGGAACAAGCGGUGAACGGCCCCGCGCUCGUGUUGGGAAAUGUCCCUUGGACUGUGCAGCUAAGUACUGCACCGCCACGGUGGAGGUGUAUACAAUAUAUCGUAGGUACACAAAGCACAGUAUAUGUACACCACGUCCUAGUGAACAUCGCAUCCCCACCCAGCCACGCUGUUUGCCGUUUUCGAGGCCUCGGCGUGUCUGUAUAAAAUGGAUAUUGCUCGACCGAUCUGGACCACACAAGUCCGACCGACCAGUGCGAGGUAUACCUGAAGCACACGACAUUACAAUAAUCGUAUCCACGGCGGUUUCGUAUAUACGCAUAGACACACAAAGCGAGAACAUGCAGCAGUUUUGGAUGUCGAUGUUGUUGUUGGUGAGUGUUGGCGCGGCCUUAGUCUGUGCCGACGCCGUGAAGGCCACCGCCCCCGCCGCCGAUCAGAAGCCUGCGGAAAAGAAGCAGGGCAAACGAGGCCUCUGGGGCUUGGGCUAUGGAUAUGGUGGACACAGUGAGUGGGACGGUCUGUCCAACUACGGUCUGCUGGGUGCCGACCACAGCUACGGACACAUCAGUGCUGUGCACGUCACCAAAGAGGUGCCGGUCAUCGUUGACCGACCGAUCAUCGUUCCGGUCGAGAAACACGUGCCGUACCCAGUGACCGUUGAGAAACCGGUGCCGUACCCCGUGCACAUCGAAAAGCACGUUCCGGUGCCCGUCGACCGCCCAGUGCCAUACCCGGUCAAGGUGCCGGUCAAGAUCCCGGUCGCUCACCAUGUACCCUACCCAGUGUAUGUACAACAGCACGUGCCCGUCUACGUCAAGGAACACCACGGGCAUGGAUACGGUACAUACGACUUUGGUCACGACCAUGGUUUCGGUUACAGCAGCAGCUACACGAUCCACCAUUGAUAGCGUUUUUGUACGCUGCACAAUAUUAUUAUUAUAAUUUAUAUUUUAUAUUAUAAGUUCACCCAUCCACGACUCUCCGUCGUUGUGUAUCAAAAACCGUUUGUAAUUAAUCACCUUUUAUACCAAUUUUAAUAUGUAUAUAGGUUAUAUCUUAUAUUAUAUAAUAUAUUAUAAGUUAUAAAUUAUAAUUUUAAUAUUAUGUUAUUUUAUAAAAACAUCACGAAUGACUUCAGAAAGAUUGAUUUUUAUUUGUAAAAUUUGAAUAAAGUUCUCGCCAGAAAGAAAAUUAUUGUGGAUAUAAAUAUUGUAUGUAAACCAUCGCUGUAAUAUCUUUCGGUGUUGUCAUAUUGUGUUUAUUAAAAAAUUGGCGAAUUCUAGUGAC